GUCUUGGCAUUUGGAGGGGAGAAUGCUUUCAACAGCUGUAGCUUAGCAACAGUAGCUCGCCGGCGUUGCUAGGCAGCCCUUUUUCAUAAAAGGCCCACUCACCCUUCCAGCCCCCGCCCCCGGCCCACCAUCUUCAAGUCACUUUCCCUUCCGUCAUCGGUUUUGUUCUGAUCACAUUGGUCCGUGUUGAUGUUUGAGCGAAGAGGCGCUUUAGGCAACGUCCAACUGCACAUCUACAUCUCCGUUUUGUCUGUGAUGGUCCUGGAGAAGGAAAUAUCACCACCACCACACCACAGAUUCGCUUUUAAGGGUUUCAUGUGCUCAUUCCGGGAGGACACCAGGGCCCCAUGAUUCAAGCUCUGUGAGACGGCAGCAGUCAGGCCUGUGUGCUGGAUGUCUGGGACGGAUCCAUGGGCCAGAAGGACCAUGUGGAGGCGGGAGCGGGCCACAUCCUCGACCUGGAGCUGGAUUUGGAGUAUCUUCACGUAGCGGGGUUCAACCGGCAGGCUGGCGGCUCUGACGGGCCCCCCGCUAUGGAGGAGCAGGGGGAGCGCUCUGCAGAUUCCCCUCCCCCCGCUGCGGCGGAAGAAAACCCCGGGUCCGAUGCAGAGCGCCAACCGCCGGCGGCUUCCAGCGCCCCCCUCGCCGCCGACCCCGACCCGGACGGAGGAGAGGGAGGGUUAACUCCCAGUAAGAACGCCCACCAGCCCCUUUGUAGGACCCCAUGUGUGGACUUGGGCACUGAGGGUCCUCCUGAGCUCCCGGCUGAGCUCUCGUCGGAGCUCGAGCACGAGGCGUCGCCCGCCUCGCCAUGCAAGCGCCCCCCAGAGCCUCCCCACAAACCCUCCUCCUCGGAGCCGGCGCCCGAGGCCGGCGGCAAGGAGUACCGGGCAAAGCUGGAGUUUGCCCUGAAGCUGGGCUACUCGGAGGAUACGGUGCUCCUGGUGCUCUCCAAGCUCGGCCCUGACACCCUCAUCAAUGACAUUCUGGGAGAGCUGGUCAAACUGGGCACCAAGUCGGACAGCGAGCAGCCGGCCGGAUCGCUGGCCUCCACCUCGUCCACGUCCUCGUCCUCCUCCUCUUGUGGCUACUCUGAUCUGCUGGACAGCCAGAGGUCGGACUCGCCCUGUCCGUCAGACUCUCUGAGUGACCAGGACAACCUGCGCCCGAUCGUGGUGGAUGGCAGCAACGUAGCCAUGAGCCAUGGCAACAAAGAGGUGUUUUCCUGCCAGGGCAUCCAGCUGGCUGUGGAUUGGUUCCUAGAGCGAGGUCAUCAUGACGUCACGGUGUUUGUGCCCGCUUGGAGGAAAGAGCAGUCGCGCCCUGACGCCCCGAUAACGGAUCAGGAGAUCCUGCGUCGCCUGGAGAAAGAAAAGAUCCUGGUCUUCACUCCUUCGCGGCGUGUCCAAGGUCGGCGCGUGGUUUGCUAUGACGACCGCUUCAUCGUCAAGCUCGCCUACGAGUCAGACGGCAUCAUCGUCUCCAAUGACAACUACCGAGACUUGGCUAACGAGAAGCCCGAGUGGAAGAAGUUCAUCGAUGAGCGGCUGCUCAUGUAUUCCUUCGUCAAUGACAAAUUCAUGCCCCCAGAUGACCCUCUAGGUCGUCAUGGCCCCAGCGUUGAUAACUUCCUGAGGAAAAGGCCGGUCAUGCCCGAGCAGAAGAAACAGCCUUGCCCAUACGGAAAGAAGUGCACUUACGGCCACAAGUGUAAGUACUACCACCCAGAAAGAGGUGCUCAGCCUCAGCGAGCUGUGGCCGACGAGCUGCGUGCCAGUGCCAAGACCUGUGUCACCACAAAGACCCAGGGGGACACCGGCUUGGUGAAGAGCCACAGCGUGCCAGCUGGCAGCUUUGAGGCCAAAAAGGGCGCCCAGAAACGGCAGUCGGACCCCAGCAUCCGAGCCCUGUCGUACGGUGAUGCCGAGGAGAAGCUGGCCAAAGGGAGGGCGGAAAGUCAGAAGAACAACAACAGCAGCGGCGGGGGCGGAGGCAUGAGCAUGUCCUCGGCCUCAGGAGACCCUCUGAUUAGUUUCAGCCUUCCCCCGGACCAGCAGUCCAGAACAGUGACUCCCCAUAGUCUACCGGGCCCCAGCCACGACCUUUACCCUCACUGUGAGUCCCCCGACCUGAGCUACUACUCGGUGACGCGUGCCUACUCGGGCCUGAGCCUCUCCUCCAGACGCAGCCCGGACUGCCGCUUCCCCAACGACACGGACAUGCGGCUCGGCUCCGUGGGCUCGGCGGGCUCCGAGUGCGGCAGCGAGAGCAGCGCGAGCUGCGGCAGCGGCAGCUGCGACUCGUACGGCGAGAGGCCGUGCGCCGGGUGCCCCCCGGAGACCUCGCUGGACGACGGCCUCCAUUUCGCCAAUCCCCACAGCCGGCUGUAUCCGCACCGCGCGGCGCCCAACCACGAGCUCUGUGGCCUCCAUCCCGCCGAUUACUCCAGCGCGCAGCACGCGGCCAACGCGGGGGCGCACGGCUACCACCCGAGCGCGCCGCGCGGACCGAACUGCGCUCGCGAUCAGCCUCCUCCCAAGCAGCCCCUCUACCCGCUGCCCCCGCACCUCCAGCACCAGCCGCUGGCCGCGCGCUCCAGCUGCCCGGGCGAUUACCACUCCCUGCCCCAGUCCAACCCGCACGCCCCCGGGUCUCCCCUGGGCCGCUGCCUGGCGCCGACGCGCCGGGAGAGUGUGUCCGACUCGCACCUCUACGAGCACCUGUCCACGCAGCACCAUCGCCACCGCACCAAAGCUUUGCCCGGCUGGGACACGUACUACCGGCAGCCUCCGCUGCCGCCGUCCCGGUACGAGCCGUCCGCCUAUCAGAGUCUGCCGGACACGCGGCAGGCGUCCUGGCACGCCCCUCCCUGGGCACAGGACGGCUACGGCCAGCACCACUCCUCCCACCCGGCUCUCCACCCGUCCUCGGCGCAUUACUUAAACCACCCGCCGCCCCAAGCCCGCUCGCCUCACCCGCCUCAUCCACCCGGCGCUCCUCUCCCGCCGCCGUACGCGUCCCACAGCGCUCACCACGCGGCGCCGUCACACGCCCCGCCCUCUUACAUGCCGCAGCACCCAGAAUCGCCUGCGCACAGCCGCUACGUGGACAUGCGGGAGAAAGUGUACGCCGACCUGUGUAACAUCUUCCCCUCGGAGCUGGUGAGGCGCGUGAUGGCCCGGAGCCCCCACAUCACGGACCCCCAGCAGCUGGCAGCCGCCAUACUUUCAGAGAAAGCCCAAACGGGAUACUGAAGAAGAAAUCAACAGCCGUCAUGUAGUCUCGAGAGGAAAUAGUGGUUUGCGUCAGUGGAGUUUGGGCCUUUUGUAGCACUUGAAAGCAUGAUAGAUUUGCAUGGUUGGAUUUUAAAUAGUGGCGUGCUUUUGGAUCGUGUUUGAGGAGACCGUUUUGUUCUUUUCUCACGACGUUGAUCAGACAACGCGUACGUAUGAAGGAUCUACAAUGCAGAGGAUGAUCCAACCCGAGCGCUGGUCACGACGCAGCGACAGCUCAUCCUUUAAGGAGCGUAGGGGGAGCGAGUCCUCCUGUGGCGAUUUCCUCAGACCGGCCCAGUUAGUCUGAUGUCGUAGCUUAAGAUCUGUCUUUCACACGCAGAACUUGUUAUGCCUCAAAUUCGAAAAGGUGCAUUUUUGUGUUACAAGUAAAUGAUGGUAGAGUUCUUGCAUUCAUAAUGACUGAUAUGUAGGAUCAUUCAGGCAUUUCCACCUCCUUUAUGACUAGAGUCUGACGUAAUGUGCACCCACAUUGUGACAAGCUACAAAGCAGCAUUUGAAAAUAUUCUCUCUACAUGUGUUCGGUGCCAGAUGGGUGGGAUUUUCUUCUUCAUAAUUAAUGAGAAAAGAGUCGGGUAUAUUUUUUCUGCUGGUUCAUUUGAUAUGUGGGGAAUCCACAGCAGGAGGUCCGUGUAUCAUACGAAUCUGUGUUGUGAGGCUUUCGCCAUGUUGGUUAAAGUUGGUGUCUGAAAGACGGUCGUCUUAUUUGAGAUGACGUCAGUAUAUUUUGGUCAGAGUUGUAGCUGUAGAGAUGGGUCACCCUGUCGUGUGUACCUUAGUUUUAGUAAGGGACAUCUCUUUUCUCCCUCUCUCUCUGGCCCUUUUACUUAGGGUCAACUCUGGUAUCUGCUGCAGACAGAGAACAUCUGGACAUCAGUAAAUCAAACGUGUUUAUUGUAAAUAUAUUUAACAGACUCCCCUGGUGUCCAUUUGGCGCAGGCAUCUGCGGCAGAUCCCAGCGGAAUCCUUGUUAGACAGAGAAGAACCUUGUUUGAUACAAAUUGUAUCAUUAACUAAGUCGCUGAUGUUAUAUACAGUACAUCCAUCUAACACACCCGAUGUGGGGCUUUAUGAUUUAAAUGCAUUGACAACAGUUACGCUCCAAUCGAGAGGCUCCGGCUUUUAAUUUUGUGGAAAUUGCUUGAGACAAUUAUUUUAAAUGUUAUGAAACGGAAGGAGUUUUCUGCCUGUGUUCAGGUAUCACAACUUCUUUAUUUUCCCUUUUGGGUUUGAAGCUGGUUUAUUUUCUCCAGGAGCUCAGAUUAAAUCCUGUGAGAAGUUUGCUGGUUAAAUGCCCAUUUUAAAAACAAGAGAACUAGUCUUGGUUACUCGCGCUGAGGUCGGGGUCAGAUCAUUUUGGGGCUUUUUGUGGCCUCUUUUGUUACCUCUUUAACUAACCCAUUGUUUUUAUUGAUUCACGAAUUGAGCGGACGGACCCCAACCAGGUUUCACAUUCGGGUCAGUCCCAUAAACCCCGGUGGUCGUUUUGAAUGUCUGUCACACUAACAAAAGCUCUACCUGGAGUAUUUGCAAAGGUAUGAAGUGGUUUUUGCCUUUAGAAGACGAGGUUUUGAAACGACCCAGGUGUAAUAUGAAGUAUAGCAGGAUGUUUACAUUACAUUUCCAGACACAAAUGUAUUAAUAGCUUCAAAAACAUAGUUUCAACUCUUCCACACGCAGGAAGCUACCCGAGCACUUAUAGGCCCGUGCAUUAUUAAUUACACACAGAUGUGUGACCGAUCGCAUGGUCCUAGAGUAGGUUGCACUUCUCUUAGCAUAAACCUGUGAAUGUUACGAGUUACUCUUCAGGUAGAGCCCAACCAAAGUGUAACGGCAGUUCAAAGUGGCCGCCGGCGGCUCCUCAGAGCGUGAGCUCCGUGAAGCCCCACGGGGUUCCUUUGCUGUCCAACGGGUCACAUUGUACAAUAACACGUGGCGUUGAUGAGCGAACCUGUGUGUGUAGUGAAGAAGCGCCUGCUCUCCGGCCUCCUGGCACUGUGUGUCAGUGUGGCACCUGAGCGUGGGCCCAAAGUAAUGCCUCUUCAUGGCAUUGUGCUUAUGACACAUCCAAUACUCUGAACUAUGUUCAGCCUACUGUUGUGCAUGAUUUUGUUUCCACGUGUGUGACCUUGUGUACAUAGCGUUGUCUUGAUGUUUCUGUGACGGCUCUAUAAAGCGGACUUGUGUUUCUGCUUGUUAAUCUUUUAUUUCACACAGCAGUUAGUUGAUUUCAGGACAAUGUGUGUUUUCUAUAAGGCUUGAUAUUUACUCAAAAGGAUGAGGAAGCAUCUCGCUCCUCCGGUGUGCUGGAGGUAUACAAUGAAAAUCCUAUCAAAUUAUAUUUCUAUAUUGCCAGUAGAAUACUUGUGUAACAUUCAACUGUAACUGUGAUCGUUCAUUAAAAAUAGUACUGCUACAAAAAAGUGA